CUUCCUUUCUCAUCACACAUCAAUCACAUUACCACAAAUCUUUAAACAUCCAAAGAACACAAUCAACAAACAAGCUUAAUCUAUCCAACAAUGUCGAAGAUUCUUGUCGUGGUGGUUGCGCUGAUCGCCGUGCUAGCUUUGCCGAUCCAUGGUCAACAACAGCCGCUUAGCCAAUGUACUCCGUCGAUGAUGACCACCGUGAGUCCUUGUAUGAGCUUCAUAACAAACAGUAGCAGUAACGGAACUUCGCCGACGUCUGAUUGUUGUAACGCGCUGAGGUCUUUGACCACCGGAGGAAUGGGAUGUCUCUGUCUUAUUGUCACUGGAACUGUUCCUUUCAAUAUUCCGAUUAACCGCACAACCGCUGUCUCUCUUCCCCGUGCUUGUAACAUGCCUAGAGUGCCUCUUCAAUGCCAAGCCAAUAUUGCUCCAGCUGCUGCUCCUGGACCUGCUGCUACAUUUGGACCAUCGAUGUCUCCAGGUCCAGCGACGAAUCCAAUUGUUCCAGAGCCGACUCCAGCAGCUCAGACACCACAGUCUGACACAACCCGACCUUUUACACCAUCUGUCGACGGUGGAGCUCCGACUUCAGACGAUGGAGGAAGCAGCAGUAGACCUUCUGAGACUCCUUCCUCCGCCUACGCACUCUCACCGUCUCUUCUCUUCUUCAGCAUCGCCCUCGUAGCUCUCAAAUUCUACUGAUGAUUUAUUUUGUUUUUCUUUGUAUUCUACCUUCUUGCUGAUUUGAUUUAUGCAUCGUGGAUUACAGAAAAAAAAAAAUCAUUUAUUUGGUCAUUGCUUUGUGGAUUAUAGUGUUUGUUUCGAGUGAGAUUUACUUUGUACUAUUGAAGUAAACAUAUCAUCAA